GAAAAAAGAGAAUAGAUAUAGGAAAAAGAGAUUUAUAUAUAUUAACUAAGGAAACUUAUUCUCUUCUUUUUAUCUCAUUCAGCUCCUCCCUUCUCUCUUCCAAUCUCUCUCCCUCUCCCUCUCUCCCCGUGGAUCAAUUCUUUCUUAUGUGAUGUGAUUUUCCACCAUAUAUGCAACCUAAAAAAGCAUUUCAAGCUCAUUUCAAAGAUGGAUUUCUCUUCUCUUCCAGUUAAUUCACACAACUGGCAGCAGCAAGGUAACACACAACAGCAAGACCGUGUCACUUCUUACCAGAACCCUAAUUUCAAUUUACCACAGUUCUCAUCACCCCCGGCUUCUCAGGCUGGCUCAAGCCAAGCCAGGGUGGAUUCAAUGGUGGAACGCGCUCGGAUCGCUAAAAUCCCAUUGCCUGAAGCAGCUCUAAAGUGCCCUAGGUGUGACUCCACCAAUACAAAGUUUUGUUACUUCAACAACUACAACCUUACUCAGCCUCGCCAUUUCUGCAAGACAUGUCGCCGUUAUUGGACACGUGGUGGUGCACUGAGGAAUGUGCCUGUUGGAGGAGGCUUCCGGAGGAACAAGAGAAGCAAGUCCAAUGGUGGUGGGAGAUCGAAAUCCACGGUCGUGGUGUCAGCUGAUAACAAUAAUACUAGUUCAUCGCUUUCUUGUAACCCAAGUUACUCAAACCCUAGCAAGUUUCUUAGCUACGGUCAAGCCCCAGGGUUUACUUCCAACUUGCCUAUAUUGCCUCCGUUCCAAAGCCAUGGAGGUUACAACUCUAGCAACAUUGGAUUGGAUUUCAGCGGUAUUCAGAUGAGUGGGAUGAGUUCUAGUGGUGGGAUGUUGGAUCCAUGGAGAAUGUCUUCAUUACAACAAUCUCAGCAAUUCCCUUUCUUGAGCAACACUUCAGGGUUGGAUCAAUCUUCAAAUUCGUUGUAUCCAUUACUAGACGGCAAUGAAGGUGUUAACCAAGCUGAUCCUCUACAAGAGAGUAGUGAUUAUUCUAAUCAGCUAAGGUCUAAACCCUUUAUGGAUAUGGAACAACCUAGAAAUGUGAAGGCGGAAGAGAAUGAUCAGGAUCUUGAUAAGGAUGGGAACGGAGUGAAUAAUUUAUCUAGAAACUUUUUGGGGAAUAUUAACAUAAACCCCUCAGGGAAUGAUGAAUACACAUCAUGGGGAGGGAUCCCUUGUGAUGGGAGUUAUAUAUAUUACUGGGGAAAUAUCAAACCAUGGAGCUAUUAUAUACAUGAUCCAAGGCUAUUUUUGGGGAUCAACGGAAAGGUAUGGUUAUAAGUUUAUCGUUUUGAUCUUUUAGACGAUCUUAAAAGUGUGAGAGUAUGUUAAUUGGUUGGCUGCUGGUGAUAUUAUGUUUUUAUUAUCAUUAUUGGUUUUAUUGGCUAUAUAUAAAUGUGUGGGUUAUGUAUGAAUUAAGGAAUUGGUAUUAAUGGAUU